AUGUCCAAGGUCGCCAUCAUCAUCUACACCCUGUACGGUCACACUGCCAAGCUCGCAGAAGCGCAGAAGAAGGGUGUCGAGGCCGCAGGAGGCCAAGCCGAUAUCUAUCAGGUCCCAGAAACGCUCCCUGAGGACGUUGUCAAGGCACUAGGCGGUCAGCCCAAGCCAGACUUCCCAAUCGCCACGCUGGAAACGCUAACCGAGUAUGACGCUUUCCUGUUUGGAAUCCCCACGCGUUUCGGAAACUUCCCAGCACAGUGGAAGGCGUUCUGGGACUCCACCGGCGGACUGUGGAUGACGGGCGCCCUGCACGGCAAGGUCGCAGGUGUUUUCGUCUCCACAGGUACUGGGGGCGGUAACGAGACCACUGUUGUCAACUCUCUGUCCGUUUUGGCUCACCACGGUGUGAUUUUCGUGCCCUUGGGCUACAAAAACGUCUUCACAGACCUGGGCAACCUCCAGGAGGUCCACGGUGGCUCCUCAUGGGGUGCUGGCACCAUUGCCGGAGCUGAUGGCUCCCGUUUGCCCACCGAGUUGGAGCUCAGAACAAAUGAGACUCAGGGCAAAACCUUCUACGAGACAGUUAAGAAGUUCAUUUCCUGA